AUGCAAAAGUUUGUUAUUACAGUGAUUUCGCAUGGAGACAUACUUGAUAUUGUUCCAUUUGAAAAGACUAUUUCAAAAGAAUGUAACAUAGUUAAAACGAUAAAGUUGUCAUCCAGAAGCUCAGAUAUUCACGUUGAAAGUGUAGAGAGGCCUCAAGACAUAGAUACCGCUGCUCAUGACGUGAUUAUUCAGAAAGACGAUGAGUACCGUCGUAAUAAGAAAUUAGUGGUGUUUGAUAUGGAUUCUACACUGAUUUACCAAGAAGUGAUUGAAUUAAUAGCUGCGUAUGCUAAUGUUGAAGACAAAGUGCGUUCUAUUACGAACCGUGCUAUGAAUAACGAAAUUGAUUUUAAAGAGUCUUUAAAGGAAAGAGUUGCGUUACUGAAAGGGAUACGGUUUGAAGAUAUAUUGAAUGAAAUAAAGGAUAAAUUGGUGAUAACUGAAGGUGUUACAGAUCUUUGUCACGUUUUGAAAGAAGAUGGCGUCCAUUUAGCUGUAUUAAGUGGUGGAUUUAUUGAAUUUGCAGAAGUGAUUAAGAAGAAGUUGAAUUUAGAUGUUGCAUGUGCAAACGUUUUGGAGAGAGAUUCUAAUGGUAUAUUGACUGGGAAAUUAGUCAAUCUUGACGAAAUUGUAGAUGGUGAAUUCAAAGCUAAUAAAUUACUUUCCAUGUGCAAAGAACUAAACGUGCCAGUGAAAUCAAGUGUAAUGAUUGGAGAUGGUGGUAAUGAUUUACCGGCGAUGUCAGUCGCAGGAUUCGGUGUUGCAUGGAAUGCUAAACCAAUAGUUCAAAUGAAAGCGCCAAGUAAAUUAAACACCAAGUCUUUAAGUGAUGUCUUGUACAUAUUUGGAUACACACAAGAGGAAAUUAAUGAAAAAAGACGUCAUUAA